UUAGAUUAUCCCAGAGGUGUAUUCAUUAGCCAGAUUCCGUUGAAAAACGUCAUGAGGACCUGGAUUUGUCCAAUAGAAACUCUCGUUUGCGUUGCAAAACGUUUUUCGGUUGGCGUAGCUACACGGUUUCCAUGGCAAAACAUUUUUGCAACGGAAUCCGACUAAUGAAUACACUCCUGGCAGAGAACCAUUUUCUGACUGACAACUCUAGAGCGCUUUGCUGCUCAAACUAGCGAUAUGUUCUAAUUUGCUAACGUUUGUUAGUUGUGUGCUAAAUUGAAGUGACGACUCCAAAACAGAAGCAGUUAAGUUAGUCGAUGGUACAGCAGUUUUGAUGUACUUACUUUAGAGUGGGGGUACUCUUGACGUGUCGUAAGGUACUGUCACAGAACUGGCUUCAAACCACUGAGGUUGACACGCUUCAGGCUACUUCCUGGCUUCCGUAACAAUAACAACCUACUGCGCAGAACCGGAACAACAAACUAAAAUGUAGAUCCGGGUGAGCAUGCGCUGAAUUACAAAAUCAAAUUUUACACAAUUAUAAUCUGCCUAUGCUAUUAUAAUUGUAUUUUAACAUACUUCAAUAGACGGAUAGAGAGAGACCACAGAGAUACUUGUGACGCCACUGGUUUUGACUAGAUGGGAUGCAGUUUGUAUCAGAAUUGACUUCUCGAAGCAGGUUCGAAUUUAAGCUGCAGGUUAGGACAAUUAGGUUAAGGUUAGGAAAACGGUUAGAUAAAGUGUACUAAAAACGAAGAAAAAAAAAUCACCUUUAGACCUAAGUUUGACAAACUGUAUCUUCUCUAGCCAUGACCACAACCGCAUGCAGCUUGCUUGGUCAAACAGUUGGAUAAACGCAAAAGUAGUUAGGUUAGCUAGCCGGUCGUUUAUUUCUUGGACAUAUGAUAUACUAACGUUACAUAUUACUAAUGUCAAAACGGGUUUAACAACAGCAUUAGCUACCCACGAACAUCAACUACAUUUUUACAGUUAAACAACAUAACCAUGACAGUGAGGCAUGAAUGAGAUUAUUAUCAACAUUAGAACACGGAGUUUGCCAGUUAAUACGAAUGUCUAUGGAUCUGAUUUCCCAUCAAAGUCCAUCAACAUGACAAGGAAGCAACAUGGGAGAAGGGCGAGAAAGAAGAGGCAACGGGAGUGCAGAGAAACAACUGUUCAGUCUGUGACACUAUCUCAUGAACCACAGUUUGUGGCUCUAAGAAGAUGGCUGCAACAGAGAGGCUUCAGCUCCAAGCUUCUAGUACCUGCACACUUCUCAGAUACGGGACGUGGACUGAUGACCUUACAGCCUAUCAAGGCUGAGGAUUUGGUGAUCUCCUUACCAGAAAAAUGCCUUUUAACUACAUCUACUGUUCUAAGGAGCUACAUUGGUGAAUACAUAGAAAGAUGGAAACCGCCCGUGUCUCCUCUCUUAGCCCUCUGUGCUUUCCUCAUCUCUGAGAGACAUUUUGGCCAACGUGCAGAAUGGAAGCCCUACAUCGACGUCCUGCCCCAAAAAUACACGUGCCCUGCUUACUUCUCAGAUGAGGUCAUCGACCUGCUGCCGGGGAGUCUGAGUGGGAAGGCCCUGGAGCAGAGAGCCAUGGUUCAGGAGCUGCACUCCUCUUCGUUGGACUUCUUCAGCUCCCUCCAGCCUCUCUUCAGUCAGCCCGUGGAAAGUUUAUUCACAUAUGAUGCACUGCGCUGGGCAUGGUGCAGUGUGAACACGCGCACUGUAUACAUGGAGCACAAACACACCCCCUACAUGUCCAGGGAGAGAAAUGUGUAUGCCUUAGCCCCCUACCUGGACCUGCUCAACCACUGCCCAGCCAUACAGGUCAAGGCGAGCUUCAGCCAUGUGAGCAGGUGCUAUGAGAUCCGUAGCAUCCAAGGCUGCAAGAGAUUCCAGCAGGCUUUUAUCUGCUACGGUCCCCAUGACAACCAACGUCUCCUGUUAGAGUAUGGGUUUGUUGCUCCUGGAAACCCUCACAGUGUGGUGUAUGUGGACCAAGUUAUCCUUCAACAGUACGUCUGUAUAAAAGACAUAAAUCAGCUGGCACAGAAGCUACUCUUCCUGAAGAAAAAUGACUUUUUAGCAAACUUGACCCUUAGUUUGGAUGGGCCCUCCUGGAGACUGAUGACCGCCCUCAGGCUGCUGUCACUUAAGACAGAACAAUACCCUUUCUGGAAGAGUGUCCUCUUGGGGGCGGGGGUGAGCCACGACAGAGAGGAGUGGAGUGUCGAUGCAGCCCUUAGGCUUUGUCACUACCUGAUGGUUGACAACACUAGAGCUCUGAACAAGAUAUCCCAACUAACAGAGAGGGCAGACGCGUCUCUCAAGGAGCAGCUUGCUGUUGUGGAAUGUCUACGACGAGAGGAGCAAGAAAUUCUGAGUCUUAACCAGGAAAUGCUGCAGGGUCUUCAGAAACAAUUGUUGCCAAGCAGACAGCAUGCACAACUUAGAACAGCAUGCACAACUUAGUAUGACAUUCCAGAACCGGUCACUUUAUUUAUCUAUCACUGGCUAUGCUUCUAUGAGGAGACAACCAUGUCUGUUUCAUUAUCAGUGCAAUGAAGUGUCCCAGCAAAAGGGCACUGUCACUUGUUAUGUUUCCAUGAACUUGUCCAGUGAUUUAUUUUUUGGGGCAACAUUUAACGUUUGCAUAGAAAAUAGAUGCGACAAUUGCCUGCUAGGGUGCAUUUCCAUUAAACUAUUUUGUCGAUUAAAAACAGCUGGACAUAAUGACAUCUCACCUAAAAAACAAUUUACAACAAAAAUAAUAGCAGCCUGUAUGCCCUCCCACCUAUCUGUUUGUCCCAGGUAGCCUGCAAAAGCCAGCAUGGAUAGAAUGCAAUAAUCAGGGGCACAACUUUGGUUUUAGAAGUGUUGGGGACAUUAAAUGUUUGGAUAAACAGCCUACCUGACCGCUCAGAGGCAUCGGCAUGGUCUUAAAGCACACCGGUGCCUCGUUUUGUAUCACAUUCCAAUGAUAAAAAUGUGAUUUCAGAAUGGGGGAGGAGAUGUCCCCAGUGAAAGUUGUGCCCCUGGCAACAAUUGACUAAUAUUUGCCAUAUUCUAAUAAUUCUCAUGUGCCAACGUAUAGCCUCGGAUAUAGCGCCCUUGGGCAGGCAAUAUCGGCUGCCUAGGCUAGUCUGCUUUGCUACAUUGCAGAACGUUUUGUAUUGAAUGACACAUUUUCCCAAAAUGUAUUGUCUGGUCUUGAACAGACUAUGAAAUACAUUUGCGCCAGUCGGUGGGUUUGCCAGGGUGUGGGUUAAAGCAAUGAGUGACGUAUUUAAAAGGACAGCUGUGCAUUUUGAACCCACAACCAAACCCUGCCAUGUUUUUUUUCUUCAAUUGGUCGUUCAGUACAGCACGAUUUCUGUUCAAUUGAACUUUCUAUUACGUUAUGUACUCAAUGCAGCCCUGUUAACUCUGGCCAAUCACAGUGAGGGUCGCUUGACAACAGAGCGUUGACUGGAAGGACAAACUAUUUGGAAGUGACCCGUCUCUCAACACUUCUGAUAUGCCCUCAGAGAGCGGUACAGAUGGACAAUGGUAUCUCCAAUCCCACAAAGCCUCCAGAAACGGGACAUUGUUGUUUCCCCACCUUAGAUUAAAUAAUUUAGCAAGAAUUUCUCUGGUCACAAAUGACACACGAAAAGCAGUUGCAGUUCAUGUAGAAUUCAAGCUGGGUCAUGUUCAGUAAGGCACCAAACGGAAUAAAACUUCUAGGUUCUA